GCGAGGAGCGAGGAGCGCGCAGCGGCCAGUGGAGCCCGCGCCCCCGGCCCCCGCGCCCCGCCCGCCGCCCGCCGCCCGCCGCCCGCUCCGACCCGGCCCCGCGCCGCCAUGGGGGUGGAGGGCUGCACCAAGUGCAUCAAGUACCUGCUGUUCGUCUUCAAUUUCGUCUUCUGGCUGGCUGGAGGUGUGAUUCUGGGCGUGGCUUUGUGGCUGCGUCAUGACCCCAAGACCUCCAACCUGCUGUACCUGGAGCUGGGUGACCGUGCAGCUCCCAACACCUUCUACGUGGGCAUCUACAUCCUCAUCGCUGUGGGCGCCGUGAUGAUGUUUGUGGGCUUCCUGGGCUGCUACGGUGCUAUCCAGGAGUCCCAGUGCCUGCUGGCCACGUUUUUCGCCUGUCUGGUGAUCCUCUUUGCCUGUGAAGUGGCCGCCGGCAUCUGGGGCUUCGUCAACAAGGACCAGGUGGCCAAGGACAUGAAGCAGUUCUACGACCAGGCGGCCCAGCAGACCAUUGUGGAUGACGAGGACGCGGCCAACAAGGCCAAGGCCGUGGUCAAGACCUUCCACCAGACGCUCAACUGCUGCGGUUCCUCCACGCUGUCGGCGCUGACCAACACCGUGCUGAGGACCGUGUGUCCCGAGGGCCUCAACUAUGGGGGCCCUAACCUGCACAAGGAGGAGUGCCACCCCCGAAUCGACGAGCUCUUCUCCCAGAAGCUGUACCUCAUCGGCAUUGCUGCCAUCGUGGUGGCCGUGAUCAUGAUCUUCGAGAUGAUCCUGAGCAUGGUGCUGUGCUGCGGCAUCCGGAACAGCUCGGUGUACUGAGUACCGAGUACCGAGGCCCGGGGUGACGCCGCACGCCGCCUUCGCCCUUCGCACGGCAGGUUUUCAUUUCCUCCCGCAGUUCCCGCCGCUUCGGGGGCCACGAGAGGCCGGGGGCCGGGGGCCGGGGGCCGGGGGUCGGGGGCCGGGACCCUCCGUGGAGCCGCCCCGCCGGCCUCACUCCGGCUGCCUCUGGCCCCGGGUCCGAGGAGCCGUCGCCUCCUGCACCGCCCCGCCUAACGCUCCGCCCGCCCCGCUCACGCCCUGCAGUCGCUCAAUAAAGAAGGAAAUGCC